AGAGAAAGAGAGAUUUUCUCUUGGAAGUUUUGGCAUACAGAUAAGAGGGCCGGAUGAGUUUUGGUGAGUGGGUGUUUGAAAGGUGGGUUGGUAAGAGAGAGAGAAAGAAACUUCUUAAUACCAAAAGUGCGGGAGCAUAGAGCAACGACGAUGUUCUCGGGUUCAUUGUGGGAUCAAUACAAGAGAGACUCGGGUGGCGUAGGAGUGGCAGCAUCAUCUCAUUGGAUGCGAAGUCUCUGCGAGCCGAUUGGUUGACAAUGGCACAACCAGGAGGCGUUCCCAUGUGAGCCCCUCGGGGUAAAUACGACUACCGAACCCAACCUUCAUCAGGAUACCAGUCGACCGAGCUAAAAAGACAGGAGAGAGAGAAAGAGUGAGAGCGCGACUCACGCUAGAAAAAGAGAGAGAUAUACCCUCACCAACCGAAGAUAGGGUGACAGCAACUUGGGGUUCAGUCUGUGUUUGCCUACCAGAGACACAUCAUCGCAGGAUUAAGAUAUUGUUUUCCGGUGUGCCAAAAACAAAAAAGAAUCGUGUCAUCAAAGUAGGAUUACGUUCUGCCAAAACAUUCACUCCAUAUACCUUGUGAGACAAUCGAUUAGAAUUUGUGUUAUCUGGAUCAUAAUAUUGAUUAUCAAUCAAAAUUUAAGUCAAGGAAUUGAAAAAAAAACUAUUAAGGAAAUAUAUCAAAGAAACAAUAGUGAUACCAGACACGUUUUACACGCUGAGCGUGUAAACAAAUCCAUGUGUUUGAAAGUGUUUAUGUUGUGAUAUUGUCGAAUGAGUUGAUUAUGCGGGAUAUAAUGCAUUGAGAUUAUUGCGCUUUAUAUAAAGAAGAAAUUUAAAAAAAAAGUGAUUCGAGCUGAUUGUGUGAUUUUAAGAAGAGAGAAAGAAAAGUAGGAAAAAAAAGAUAUAAAAUAAUUUGCAAAGAUAACGAGUGUGGAAGAAAUAAACGGUGGUUUCGUGGGUGGUGCAACGUUCGGAUAUACAAGUCGGCAGGCCGGCUCUGGGGUGCCGGGCCCGGGGGGGGUGAUGAGCUGUUCCGAGGUUAUGUAUCAAUAUUAUCCUUACCUCUAUCAGAGGCCACCGCCGCCCCCGACCCACCCCCAUGCGGCCCCACAUCCACAUUCUCAUGGGAAUCCUCAUGCUGCCCAUCAUAGUCCUGCUAGGCCCGCACCCUUUCAACCCUUCUCGUCUGCAUCAGCUACUCAUCAGUAUGACAGGUUAAAUGUUCACCAAAGAUCCUUGGAGGCAGCAGGACUUGAACUCUGCGGAGCAGGGGGUAGUAUUCCUCAAGGUCAACCAAGUAGUACUGGUUCAAUAGGGUCAGCACCAAGUCCAGCGUCUCCAAGACCAACACCCCAAACAAGAGCACCACUUGCAACCUCCACUUCCCAGUCUUCAAGGACCCUCGACGAUGAUAGAUCGACGGACGCAGUAGGUGGUGGAACAGCAGCGGAAGAUUCGGAUGAUGGUGAGAGUAGAGCACAAUAUGUUAGUGCAAAUUGUGUGGUUUUCACUCAUUACCGAGGUGAUGCGGCAACCGAGGUAGACGAACAUUUUCAUAGAGCCCUCCAGCAGGAUAAUAAACUAAAAGAAAAUAUUUCUCCAAUGAACAUGAGAAAUUUCCCUCCGUCCUUUUGGAAAAGUCAUCACACUGGUGAGGUUUAUGAAUACCCGACGGAUCCAUGGCAUCCUCAUUAUCCCCAAUAUCAUCAUAGAGCUGUGCACGAAUACCACCACCAUAAUAUGGCGGCGGCAGCAAGUUACGGUGGUUUAUUAUUGGGUGGUGCUCGAGGACUUGGACACCAUACAACCCACCAUGCGGCGCAUCACGCGCAUGCCGCAGCAUCCUACAAGGACUGGACGUCGGCGACGCCGUCGCAAUCACUUGUCGAUGCUUCUUCGGCGCCUCCUUAUCCCCAUGGUCCAUAUGCACCCUUAUCUGGUCUCGAGUCUCAAGUUCAAGAUUCCAAAGAUAUGUAUUGGUUCUAGAAUUGAGUGCCAGUAUUUCGGUUCAUUCAUUGACUGAUAUAAAGGACCGAUAAAGUCAAAAAUUGGUAAUUAGGAAAAAAUUAGGUAGAAAUUAUUAAUACAAAGAGCGUAUAAUAUUGAUCCACUCGCCGUCCUUGAUUAUAUAUAUAUAUGUUUCACUCCAAUUCUCAUUUUCAAAUAAAAAUUAAUUUUCUAAAAAAAAAGAAAAAUAUUAACGGUUUUUUUUUAUUUAUUUUUUUGUUUGGAAAAUAUUUUAUUUAAUAAUUGAUAAAGACUUAAAAAAAAACAAAUCAUAAAUACUCUAAAUUCCAACUAUUUCGUCAGUAUAAAUUCUCACUGAUUCAAAUUUAGAGAGUAUAAAGAAAAUAAAAAUUGGGGUGAAACGUAUAAAAAAAAGACUUUGUUAUACUUUUAAAUGAAAGCGUUAAAAUUGUACAUAGUGUUAACUACAUCUUUUAAGGCUCUUCUAUAAUGUAGCGUGAAUUUAAACUACUAUUAAAUAUAGUAAAAUUGCGCGCACUAUAAUACCUUAGUGAUUGCUGCUAGCCGAAAAAAAAUCGAGCGAAAUUUCUAGUUUAUAGUUAUUAAGAAAAUUUAUUUCAAAAAAAAAAAAAAUCUGUUUGCAAUAUUCUACCAGUUACAGACAAUAGUGUGUAUAUAGGUAUGUAAAAAGUAGAAUUUUGCUAAACUUUUUUUUUUAAAAGUUUUUUUGUUUCUAAUUUCCUAAAACUAAAGAUUAUAAUCUACAAAAAUAUUAUAAUCUUUAGAAUAAAAAACAUUUUUUUCUAAUAUAAAUUCAUUGAUAUUACAAAAUUUAAUAUACAAAGUAUAUUAUAUAUAUAUGAAAUCAAUUAUUUUAGAUUCCGUAUAAAAAUCAAUUGAUCAAUAAAUUUUUGAUUUUUUUUUUUAACAAAACAAAUUCGAGGAUUGUUAAUAUUCAAAUUGUAUAAUUUAUGCGGAAAUAUUAAGAAAUCAAAAAGUAAUUUCAAAGUGAGAAAAAUUGAAAAAAAAUACAAAGAGAAUUUUUAUUUAAGGACCAAUUAAAAUUAACCCUAUUUCCUUAAGGUAUUCUCAAAGGUCCUCUAUAAAAAAUCCUUUGAGGGUUAUUUUUUUGUCAUUAAGAUGAUAAAAAAUUAUUUUAAAAAUUAAAAUAAAUGAUUUUAGACAAAUAGUGUAUAAAAAAAAUAGUAUUGAAAUAACUGGUGUCUCAAAGACCCCACCUUAUGUAAAUAGGGUUAAGUGAAAUAUUGUUCCAUGAUUUUAGUGUUUAAAAGACGAGAGAAGUAUUUAUUGACCAAUGAUCUUGCCAUACACUGCUAUGCAUAUUGCUGUAUUAUUAUUAUUUUUAUUAUUAUUAAUAUCAUCAUUAUUAUUAAUUAUUAUUGUAAUUUAUAAUCGAUCGCUGCAAAAGUUCUGAAUUUUAUUGAAAAGCAAUUAAAAGUAAUUUUGCUUUUCUCAAUUUUUUUUUUUUUUAAUAUCCAAUUUAUUCUGGACUUUGUACAAAAACGAAAAAUCAAAGGACGUACAUGCUUAUCGUGCUACGAUUAUAUAUAGAUGUUGAAUAAACUAUUAAUUAUUUCCAAUCUGA